AUGUAUCUCCCUGCUGACAUCCCUGAUGAGAUGACUGCUUCAGAGUGUUCUAACAAUGAUCAAAACAGUCCAGAACCCGAGCAUGUUCCUGAACCUGUUAAGAGUACAGAGAGUUUACCCAUUACUGAGCCAAAUAAGUCAUCCAGUUGUGUGCAAGAACCUGAUAACAGACCUGUACCCCCCAAUACAGGUGAGACACAAACAAAACAACAACCAGGAAUGUGCUGGGCUUGCAAGUGGUCGAUGAAGAAGCUGAAAAAACAGAUCUCCAAUGGAGCAACUCCGGACGAUAUUAAAAAGAAGCUGGAGAUGGUCUGUGAUGAGAUUGGCUUCCUAAAGUCACUGUGUAGGAAGUUUGUGAACAAGUACAAGGACACUCUGGUCGAAGAACUUUCAACUACUGAAGACACUGAAACCAUCUGUAUUAAUAUUGGAGUUUGCAAGAAAUAG